AUGGAAGAAUUUUACCACAAAACAUGUGGACCAGCUGAAUUUCUUUGCCAUGACCAUGUGACUUGCAUCUCACUGAACUGGCUCUGUGAUGGUGAACCAGAUUGUCCAGAUGAUUCAGACGAGUCACUUGAUCAGUGUACUAGACACCUGGAAUUUACAUGUCCUGUGAAUCAUUUUGACUGCAUUGGGGCGAGAAGAUGUAUUCACAUGAGCAAACUCUGCAAUGGCAUAAAUGAUUGUGUGGAUGGGCUUGAUGAAGGAUAUCAUUGUCGAGAAUUUGCAUCCUCCUGUGCCCGAGCCCAGUGUCAGUAUCGGUGUGCAGUCACAAGAAAUGGUACAACUUGCUACUGCAAUAACGGUUUUAAUAUAGCACCAGAUGGGAAAGGCUGUGAAGAUUUGGAUGAAUGCAGCAUAUAUGGAACAUGCAGUCAAACAUGCAUGAAUAGCAAUGGAUCGUACAUCUGUGGCUGUGUCGAAGGCUACUUGAUGCAACCUGACAACAGAACUUGUAAAGCCAAAAUUGAACCUAUUGAUUCACCACCUGUUCUUUUGAUUGCCAACAUUAAAAGUAUCGAGGUGACGAGACUGGAUGGAUCAAAUAUUCCUAUCCAGAAUUUCAUCAAUACUAAUGGAAUCAUUGCAUUGGAUUUUAUUUACGAUGAGGAACUUGUCUGCUGGAUCACAGCAGAGGAAAUGUCCAUUCAUGCUGAGCUGAAAUGUGCCAGGAUGACACCACUGAAUGGAUUUUCUGAAGAAAGAAUCAUCAAUAUUUCACACAGCCUCCACAAUGUGGAACAAAUGGCUUUAGACUGGCUUACUGGAAACUAUUACUUUGUGGAUGAUGUCAGUGACCGAAUAUUUGUGUGCAAUCAAAAUGGGGUUACUUGCAUUACUCUACUAGAUCUGGAACUGCACAAUCCCAAAGGAAUUGCACUCGACCCAGCCAUGGGGAAACUAUUCUUCACUGACUAUGGUGAUGUCGCCAAGAUUGAAAGGUGUGACAUGGAUGGACAACGCCGCUCCAGGAUAGUGGACACUAAAAUAGAACAGCCAUAUGCCAUCACCCUUGACUUGGUAACCAAACUGGUCUACUGGGCAGAUGUAUAUCUCGAUUAUAUUGAAGUGGUGGAUUACGAGGGAAGGAACAGACACACGGUUAUUCAUGGACGUGAUGUUAGACAUCUCUACAGUUUGACAAUGUUUGAAAACUUCAUAUAUGCCAUCAACUUGGAUAAUUUCACAGCAAAAUACAAAGUAAGCAUGACUAAAAUCAACAGAUUCAAUGGCACGGAUGUCCAAACACUUGCAAAACUGGAGAACGGUGGAGUUGUACAUGUCUACCAUAAACUAAGACAACCACUGGUUAGAAGUCAUGCUUGUGAACUGGAUGUGUUCGGCAAACCUGGAGGAUGCUCUGACAUCUGCCUGCUCAGCAGCAGCCACAAAGCAAAGACAUGUCGAUGCAGGACUGGCUACAGCUUAGGAAAUGACAGGAAGUCGUGCAAAAGACCAAAAAAUGAACUGUUCCUGUUUUAUGGAAAAGGUCGGCCAGGAAUCAUUCGUGCAAUGGACUUGAACAUCAAAGCAGCUGAUGAAUACAUGAUACAAGUAGAAAACCUUGUUAAUCCACGAGCUCUUGACUUUCAUGCAGAAACAAAUUACAUCUACUUUGCUGACACAACCAGUUUCUUAAUUGGACGACAGAAAAUCGAUGGUACAGGUCGGGAGACAAUCCUAAAAGAUGGUGUGGAUAAUGUUGAAGGUAUUGCUGUGGACUGGAUCGGAAAUAACUUGUACUGGACUGAUGAUAGCUACAAAAAGUCUAUAAGUGUAGCAAGACUGGAAAAGGCAUCCCAGACCCGGAAAACCUUGGUGGAAGGACAAAUGUCACACCCAAGAGCAAUAGUUCUGGAUCCUUUACAUGGAUGGAUGUACUGGACAGAUUGGGAAGAAGAAGAGAUAGACAACAUGACAGGAAGAAUUGAGAGAGCAUGGAUGGAUGGCUCUAAUCGACAACUCUUUGUGACAACAAUGAUGCUUUGGCCUAAUGGUUUAACCCUAGACUUGACCACUGGGAUACUAUAUUGGUGUGAUGCAUACUAUGAUCAUAUUGAAAAAAUCUUUUUAAAUGGCACAGGUAGAAUGAUAGUAUAUGGCGGCAAGGAAGUGAAUCACCCCUUUGGCUUGUCCUAUUAUGGAACAUUUAUUUUCUGGACUGAAUAUACAAAUGGAUCAAUUUUUCAACUGGAUUUGAUGACAAGAAAUGUUACAUUGCUUCGAAAGGAAAGACCACCAUUGUUUGGACUGAGGAUCUAUGAUGUUCAGCAACAGUUACGAGGUGAAAACUCAACUCGGGGAAACAAUGGUGGAUGCAAUGGCUUAUGUUUAAUUAUCCCCGGAGGCAGAGUUUGUGCUUGUGCUGAUGGUCAAUAUUUAGAUGAAGACAAUGUUACCUGCAAAUUAACGACCGGCUCACCAAAUCAUCAGCAAUGCCAUUUUGGAGAGUUUGCUUGUAGAAAUGGAAGAUGUAUUCAAGAGCGUUGGAAAUGUGAUGGUGAUAAUGAUUGUUUUGAUGGUAGUGAUGAGGAUCAAGAUCUCUGUUAUAAUAGUACAUGUCCUGCUAAUCACUUCAGAUGCCAAAAUAAUCGCUGCAUCCCUAAAAGAUGGCUUUGUGAUGGAGCCAAUGACUGUGUCAGCAAUGAAGAUGAAUCAAAUGAAACUUGUUCAGGAAAGACUUGCCAACCCAGUCAGUUUUCCUGUUCCAGCGGACGUUGUAUCCCAAUGUCAUGGGUGUGUGACUUGGAAGAUGAUUGUGGAGAUCGAUCUGAUGAAACCGCAUCAUGUGCAUUUCCUACCUGCACUUACCUAAUACAGUUUACUUGUAAUAAUGGAAGAUGCAUAACUGUGAAAUGGCGAUGUGACUCAGACGAUGACUGUGGGGAUGGUAGUGACGAGGUGGGCUGCUCCCCUUCUUGUUCUGACAUGCAGUUCAAAUGUACCAAUGGUCGUUGUGUUCCUGAGCACUGGAUCUGCGAUGGAGAUAAUGACUGUGGUGACUUCAGUGAUGAAACCAAUGCCAACUGUACUGAACCAGUCACUAGAUCACCAGGUAUCUGUCACAGAAAACAGUUCCAGUGCUAUAUGGAUGGUAGUUGUGUUCCAUUACGAUGGCAUUGUGAUGGAGACUGGGAUUGCGAAGACGGCAGUGAUGAAAAUAACUGUGCAGGAAAUACAAGAACCUGUAACUCCCAUUCUGAGUUUACAUGUAAAGAUACAGGAAGAUGCAUUAAUAUGACGUGGGUUUGCGAUGGAGAGGGCGACUGCGAAGAUAACUCUGAUGAAGAGAACUGCGGAGCAUUUUCAUGCAAGCCACCGACCUAUUCUUGUUCGGGAAAUACAUCAAUUUGCCUUCUGCCGGAAAAAUUUUGCAAUGGGAAAGAGGAGUGUCCAGAUGGUACUGACGAGAGCCCACUUUGUGAUGAAUGCGCUCUGAAUAAUGGAGGAUGCAGUCACCACUGUAUCUAUGUAACUGGAGAAGGCAUCGUGUGCUCUUGCCCUACAGGAAUGGAUCUGAGCUCAGACAAGAAAACCUGCAUUGUCCUUGAUUAUUGCAAAAAACAUCUCAAGUGCAGCCAAGUGUGUGAGCAACACAAAAAGACAAUUAAGUGCUCAUGUUACGAGGGAUGGAUGCUGGCCCCUGAUGGUUACAGUUGCAUUAGUUUAGAUCCUUUCGAGCCUUACAUAAUUUUUUCCAUCCGUCAUGAGAUUCGAAGAUUGGACCUUCGCAAGCAAGAUUAUAACUUACUGGUCCCUGGCUUGAGAAACACAAUAGCAAUUGAUUUCCAUUUCAAUCAGAGUUCCCUCUAUUGGACCGAUGUUGUGGAAGAUAAAAUUUACAAAGGAAAACUUUCAGAAGUUGGAGCUGUAAGCAGUGUGGAAAUUAUCGUGGAGCAUGGGCUCGACACGCCUGAAGGAUUAGCUGUGGACUGGAUUGCAGGAAACAUUUACUGGAUCGACAGCAAAAUGGAACAGAUUGAAGUAGCAAAACUUGAUGGCACCUUGAGAACAACCUUAAUUGCUGGUGACAUGGUGUAUCCACGAGCCAUAGCUUUGGAUCCUCGAUACGGAUUCCUGUUUUGGACUGACUGGGACUCCAGCUUCCCACGAAUUGAGGUAGCUUCAAUGAGUGGAGCAGGAAGAAAGGCCAUCUACAAGGCUCUGGGGACUGGCGGAUGGCUUAAUGGACUGACAGUGGACUACCUUGAGAACAGAAUCAUCUGGAUUGAUGCUAUGUCUGAUGCUAUUUAUUCAGCCUUGUAUGACGGCAGUGAAUUAAUAGAAGUCUUGCGUGAUCAUGAAUAUCUUUCACAUCCUUUUGCGGUAACAUUGUAUGGAGGUGAUGUUUAUUGGACGGACUGGAAGACUAACAGCCUUCUGAAAGCCAACAAGUGGACUGGCCACAAUGUCACGGUGGUACAAAGAACCAGUGCUCGGCCCUAUGACCUUCAGAUUUUCCAUCAGACAAGGCAACCACGAGCACCAAAUCCUUGUGAGUCUAAUAAUGGCAAAGGGCCAUGUUCUCAUUUGUGCCUGAUUAAUUACAAUGGAACUGCUGCUUGUACGUGUCCUCAUCUAAUGAAACUGGCCCCCGAUGAGAAGAACUGCUAUGAGCAAAAGGAAUUUUUAAUCUAUUCAAGAAAUUCCGAGAUUCGUGGAGUUGAUGUUGAUAAUCCAUAUUACAACUACAUAACACCAUUUACUGAUCCGGAUAUCAGUCAAGUUAAAACCAUUGAUUUUGAUGCAUCAGAGGAGCGAAUUUACUGGUCUGAUUUAAAGCCGCGAUUUAUAAAGCGAGCCUUUAUAAAUGGCACGGCAAUAGAAACUGUGGUCUCAGCAGACCUGCCAUAUGCUCAUGCAAUUGCAGUGGACUGGGUUUCUAGAAACUUAUAUUGGACAAGUUCAGAUUUAGAAGAAGCCCAGAUAAAUGUUGCAAGAUUAAAUGGCUCCCUGCGGACUUCUAUAAUUCAUGGACUUGAUCACCCACAGUGUUUAGUGGUGCACCCACUAAAAGGGACACUCUAUUGGAUCGAUGGAAACAACAUCAGCUCAGCAAACCUGGAUGGAAGCAACAUCAAGAAUCUUUUUAUGAAUCAAAGACAGCCUGUUGGUCUUUCAAUUGAUUACACUGCGAACAAGCUAUACUGGAUUAGUUCUGGCACCGGAACCAUAAACAGAUGCAAGUUGGAUGGUUCUAAUUUAGAAGUGAUCAGCAUAAUGGCACAGUACUUAACCAAAGCCACUGCCCUGGCAGUUAUGGGAAACAAGCUUUGGUGGGCUGAUCAGGCAUCUGGAUGGAUAGGAAUGUGCAACAAAGAGGAUGGUUCAGAGCCCGUUGUCAUGAGGAAAAAUAUUGCAACCGUUCUGUAUAUGAAAGUCUACGGAAAAGAGACUCAACAAGGUACUAAUCUGUGCAGUGUUAACAAUGGUGGCUGCUCCCAGCUUUGUCUGCCAGUCUCAGAAACAAGAAUAACAUGCAAGUGCACUGUCGGCUAUCAACUACACAGAGACAAAAUGUCAUGUGAAGGAUUUGGAUCGUUCCUGAUGUAUUCUGUUCAUGAAGAGAUCCGAGGAAUACCACUUGAACCGAAUGAUAGAUCAGAUGCCUUGCUACCAAUAUCUGGAACAUCGCUUACAGUAGGAAUAGAUUUUCAUGCAGCAAAUGAUACAAUCUACUGGACAGACAUGGGAAGGAGCACAAUUAGCAGGGCUAAACGAGACCAGACCUGGAGAGAGGAUAUAAUUACUAAUGGCCUUGGACGGGUUGAAGGCAUAGCAGUGGAUUGGAUAGCUGGCAAUAUAUACUGGUCAGACCAUGGCUUCAAUAUAAUUGAAGUUGCAAGGUUUAAUGGAUCCUUUCGAUACGUGGUCAUAUCCCAAGGGCUCGAUCAGCCACGUGCAAUUGCAGUCCAUCCAGAGAAAGGGUUAAUGUUCUGGACAGAAUGGGGACAGACGCCUUGCAUUGGGAGAGCACGUUUGGAUGGAUCGGAACGAAUUGUCCUCGUGAGCUCCAGCAUUGCUUGGCCAAAUGGGAUAUCAAUAGACUAUGAGGAAAGUAAAUUAUAUUGGUGUGAUGCCCGCACAGACAAGAUAGAAAGAAUUGACCUUGAAACAGGAGAAAACCGAGAGAUUGUGCUGUCAGGCAACAACAUGGAUAUGUUUUCAGUUGCAGUCUUUGGAGUUUACAUUUUCUGGUCUGACAGGGCACAUGCCAAUGGAUCCAUCAAAAGAGGAUACAAGAACAAUGCUGUAGAUGCUGUGACCAUGAGAACACAUCUCGGAGUCAACCUGAAGGGUGUGAAAGUGUUUAACCGAGCCAGGGAAAUAGGUACCAACAUUUGUACAAAGAAUAACGGUGGAUGCCAGCAGCUUUGUUUAUAUCGUGGAAAAGGUCAGAAGACCUGCGGAUGUUCAUACAGUGUACUUGCUGAGGAUUCAGUGAGCUGCCGUGACUAUGAUGGAUACUUGCUCUAUUCAGAGCGAACAAUAUUAAAGAGCAUCCAUCUCACGGAUGAAACAAAUUUAAAUCCUCCAAUUAAACCAUAUGAGAAACCGGAAUACUUCAAAAAUGUGAUUGCAUUGGCUUUUGAUUACCGGAGAAAUACAAGGGGGACCAACCGGAUAUUUACAAGCGAUGUUCAUUUUGGAAAUAUCCAGCUUAUCAAUGAUGACUGGACCGGCAGAAGAGUAAUUAUAGAAAACGUUGGCUCAGUAGAGGGCUUGGCUUAUCACAAAGCAUGGGAUGCCCUUUACUGGACAAGUUCAACAACAUCAACCAUCACCAGGCAUACAAUUGACCAAAGCAGAUUUGGAGCUUUAAACCGAGAGAUCAUUGUUGCAAUGUCUCCUGAUGACCACCCUCAUGUACUUGCAUUGGAUGAGUGCCACAACUUGAUGUUCUGGACAAACUGGAAUGAACAGCAGCCAAGUAUAAUGAAAGCAACACUCAAUGGAGGAAAUGUUCAAGUCAUUGUUAGCACUGAUAUUUUCACACCAAAUGGACUUACGAUUGAUCAUAGGGCAGAGAAACUGUAUUUCUCUGAUGGUUCUGUCGGAAGAAUUGAACGGUGCGAAUAUGAUGGAACACACAGAUAUGUAGUUCUGAAAUCAGGACCAGGGACUUUCUUUGGCUUAGCUAUUUACGGUGAUUACAUCUUCUGGACAGACUGGAUGCAACGGUCUAUAAUGCGUUGUGAUAAAUACACAGGAGGAGAAAUUAAAAUGCUGCGUUCUGAUACAGCACAUCAACCUAUGGGAAUUAUGGUUGUAGCUAACGAUACCAAUAAUUGUGAGCAGUCUUCAUGCAAGAUAAUGAAUGGAGGUUGUCAUGACCUUUGCCUAUUGACUGCUGAUGGCCAAGUAAAUUGUUCUUGCAGGGGAGAGAGAAUGCUAUUAGAUGACAAUAGAUGUGUUGCCAAAAACUCAUCUUGCAAUAUUCACACUGAAUUUGAAUGUGGAAAUGGAGAUUGCAUUGGAUACCACUUGGCAUGUGAUGGAAUUAUUCAAUGCAAAGAUAAAUCAGAUGAAAAGCAAUCAUAUUGUGCAAACAGGAGUUGUAGAAAAGGCUUUAAGCAUUGCUACAAUGGACGCUGUGUGUCCAAUGCAAAGUGGUGUGACGGAGUGGAUGAUUGUGCUGACAACUCAGAUGAAGUUACCUGCAAUAAUUCUACGUGCAGUGCAGCUGAAUUUCGGUGCAGGGAUGGGACUUGCAUUGUCAAAACAGCACAGUGCAACCAGUUGAUAGAUUGUGCAGAUGCUUCUGAUGAAAUGGAUUGCAGUAACACGGACUGCACUGGAUUCUAUAAAGUUGGAGUUAAGGAAACAAAUUACAUAAAAUGUAACAGCACGUCCCUCUGCAUCCUUUCAUCCUGGAUUUGUGAUGGUUCCAAUGACUGUGGUGACUACACAGAUGAAUUAAAUUGUCAAGCUCAACAUAAGCUCAAAUGUAAAGAACAUUACUUUGCGUGCCCUAAUGGAAGAUGUAUUCCUGCAUUUUGGAUUUGUGAUAAAGAAGAGGAUUGUGAAGAUGGAGCUGAUGAAUCUCACUGUGAUUCCUUUUGCACAUGGAAUCAGUUUGAAUGCCCAAAUCGCAAGUGCAUCUCUCGUCGCUGGGUUUGUGACGGUGCCGAUGAUUGUAGAGAUGGUGCCGAUGAAGCAGAUUCACUCUGCGGUUCGGUUACGUGUGCUCCUGAAUUGUUCCAAUGUCGCAAUUCUCGUGUUUGUCUCCCAAAAUAUUGGUUGUGUGAUGGGGAUAAAGAUUGUCCAGACGGAAGCGAUGAACUCUCCACAGCUGGUUGCACGCAUAACAGCACAUGCGAUAACAAAGCCUUCAGGUGUAAGAACACAUUGUGUGUUCCACAAUAUUUUGUGUGUGAUCAUGAUGAUGAUUGUGGGGAUGGAUCCGAUGAACAUCCAGAGUGUGAAUACAAAACCUGCGAGUCAUAUGAGUUUCGUUGUGCCGAUGGAAGAUGCCUUUCGGAUGCAGGCUGGGAAUGUGAUGGAGAUUUUGACUGUCUUGACCAUUCAGACGAAGCACCCAAAAAUCUCAAGUGCUCAGGAGCAGGAAGAAAUUGCAACAAUUCUUUUUUUCUGUGCAAAAAUGGGAAGUGUAUAAAUGAAACCCUUACUUGUGAUAAGAAUAACGACUGUGAAGAUGGAUCAGAUGAAAGCAACUGCUAUGUCAAUGAAUGUGCAAACAAGCGCAUCAGCGGAUGCUCACAAGACUGUCAGGACUUUAAAAUCGGGUACAAGUGCAAAUGCUGGCAUGGAUUCAGACUGAAAGGUGAUGGCAAAACCUGUAUUGACAUUGAUGAAUGUGCAACCAGCUUCCCCUGUAGCCAGCAAUGCAUCAAUACUUAUGGAACCUACAGGUGUUUGUGUGCUGAAGGUUAUGAAAUACGAGCAGAUAAUCCCAAUAGCUGCAAAGUUUUAUCAGAUGAGGAACCAUUUUUAAUUUUUGCUGAUCGACAUGAAAUCAGAAAAAUGAGUAUAGAUGGAUUCAACUACACAUUAUUAAAACAGGGAUUAAACAAUGUUCAGGCGAUAGAUUUUGACUACAGGGAACAAUGUAUUUAUUGGGCUGAUUUCACCACACAAGGCAGUACGAUAUCAAGGAUCCAUUUAAAUGGAAGCAAUCCUGAGGUGGUCCAGCAUACAGGACAAGCCAUUCCGGAAGGAUUAGCAGUUGACUGGAUUGGCAAGAAUCUGUACUGGUGUGACAAAACUAAGAUGACUAUUGAAGUUUCUAAACUUAAUGGACUUUAUCAAACAGUCCUUCUGAACACAGGGGUGAAGAGCUUGAAGCAUCUUGUGAUAGAUCCUCGCAUUGGAUAUUUAUACUGGACCGAUCACGGUGAAAAUCCAUACAUUGGCCGCGUAGGAAUGGAUGGAACUAAUCAACACAUUGUUAUAAGCACAAAAAUCAUAAAGCCAAGUGGUCUGUGUCUGGAUUAUGUGAAUAACAGGCUGUAUUGGGCAGAUGAUAAGCAAGGAUAUAUAGAGUUUGCAGACCUGGAUGGAUCCAAUAGACAUAGAGUUCAUAAUCAAGAUAUCCCACAUGUAUUAGCGGUGACAUUAUUUGAAGACUACAUCUAUUGGACAGAUUGGAAAACUAAGUCGGUCAGCCGUGCUCAUAAAACCACAGGCUUGAACAAGAUUUCACUAAUCAGCUCUUGGCAUCAGAUCAUGGACAUCCAUGUGUACCAUCCUCAUAGACAACCAGAUGUUCCUAGACAUCCAUGCAAGAUAGCCAACGGCGGUUGCAGCAACCUUUGUCUGCUGUCUCCAGGAGGAGGAUAUAGGUGUGCCUGUCCCACAAAUUUCUAUUUGGCCGCUGAUGGAAAAACUUGCCUCUCCAAUUGCACUGCGAGCCAGUUUGUCUGUAGCAAUGAUAAAUGUAUUCCAUUCUGGUGGAAAUGUGAUACAGAAGAUGACUGCGGAGAUGGAUCAGAUGAGCCUGAUGAUUGUCCUGAAUUUAAAUGCAGGCCAGGUCAAUUUCAAUGUGGUACUGGAAUAUGCACUAAACCUGCCUUCAUCUGUGAUGGCGAGAAUGACUGUGGGGACAAUUCAGAUGAAGCAAACUGUGAGACACAUGUUUGCCUUCCAAGUCAGUUUAAGUGCUCGCAAAAAAGACGAUGCAUUCCUGUUAUCUUCAGAUGUAAUGGUCAAGAUAACUGUGGGGAUGGAGAGGAUGAAAGCGAUUGCCCUGAAGUUACCUGUUCUCCAAACCAGUUCCAGUGCGCUGUCACCAAGCGAUGCAUUCCUGAAGAAUGGGUCUGUGACAAGGAUCAUGACUGUGCGGAUGGUUCUGAUGAAUCGAAUUGCACUCAGAUUGCAUGUGGCACAGAUGACUUUCACUGCAAAGGCACAAGCAGAUGCGUUCCUGCACGAUGGAAAUGUGAUGGAGAGGAUGACUGUGGAGAUGGAUCUGAUGAACCAAGAGAAGAAUGUGAUGAAAGAACUUGUGAUCCAUAUCAAUUUCGAUGCAAAAAUAAUCGUUGUGUACCUGGCCACUGGCAGUGCGACUAUGAUAAUGACUGUGGAGAUAAUUCUGAUGAGGAAUCAUGCGCACUUCGUUCAUGCUCCAUGAAUGAGUUUACCUGUGCCAACGGUCGUUGUGUGGCUGCCAGAUGGAGAUGUGAUGGAGAUUAUGAUUGCUCUGAUAGCUCAGAUGAAAAAGACUGUGUGAUUAAAUGUAAAGAGGAUCAGUUCCAGUGUGAGCAUGGGCACUGUAUUCCUGUCAGGUGGCACUGUGAUGGAGAGACUGAUUGUCUAGAUAGCAGUGAUGAGGAAAGCUGUGAACAAGUGCAAACAACCUGCAAUGUGGAUGAAUUUCAAUGCAACAAUACACUUUGUAAGCUUAUAUCAUGGCUAUGUGACGGUGAAGAUGAUUGUGGAGACAACUCUGAUGAAAACCCAGAAAUGUGUGUGAAAUUUCAGUGUCCUCCUUCAAGAUCAUUCCGAUGUAAAAAUGGGAGAGUGUGCCUUCGACCUGAGCAGGUUUGUGAUGAAAUAAAUAACUGCGGUGACAACUCUGAUGAAGUGGACUGUGAGAAACAAAUUCAGCGGCCAUGUGGGAAGGAUGAGUUUACAUGCAGCAAUGGGAGGUGCAUCCCUUUAGAGCUACAAUGCGACAUGUUCAAUGAUUGUGCUGAUGGUGGGUUCGAUGAACAAGACUGUACCAGAAAUUAUAAUGAAUUUAAUUGUGAUGAAGAAAUGAAUCCUUGUGGGAAUGAUGCUUAUUGCAAUCGGACAAAAUUCUCACUUUUCUGUGAAUGUCGGCUUGGUUUUCAAAGAAACAAAGCCUCAAAGCAGUGUGAAGACAUUAAUGAGUGCCUUCAAUUUGGAACUUGCUCACAUUAUUGCAAUAACACUAAAGGGUCAUACGUGUGUGCAUGUGGAAAAAACUACAAACCUUCUUACAACCACAGCUGUAAGACAGAAGGUUCAGAACAUCAAGUGCUCUACAUUGCGACCAGAAAUGAAAUUCGCAGUAUAUAUCCAUUUGACACAAACUCAGCCUAUGAACAAGUAUUUGAAGGAGAUGAAACUGUCAAAAUUAGUAUGAUGGAUGUGUACAUUAAAGGCAAAAAGAUCUUCUGGACCAAUGGGCACACGGGCAGAAUCUCCUUUAUAGACAUUUCAGACAAAAGGAAAAGACAGAUGAGUGAUGCCACAGACCUUAAUAUUCCUGGUUUCCAAGCACCACAGGGAAUUGCAGUAGACUGGGUUGCUGAAAAUAUCUACUGGACUGAUUCUUUCAGAAAUGUCAUUUAUGUGUCCAGAAUUAAUGGACAGAAAUACAAAAAACUUGUGUCUGGAAUGAUGGACAAACCAUGUGCUAUUGCAGUUGAUCCCAUCAGAGGAAUGAUGUAUUGGACAGACUAUGGUAAACAGCCCAAGAUAGAACAGUCAGCAAUGGAUGGAACUCUGCGAAGAAUUCUUAUACAUAAAGACUUGCAAUGGCCUACAGGACUAGCACUCGAUCACUUCAACCAGCGCUUGUAUUGGGCAGAUGCUAAGCUUUCAAUGGUGGGCAGUGUUCGCUUCGAUGGCAGUGAUCCUGUUAUAAUUUCCAACACAAAGCAAGGUCUCCAAACUCCCUUCAGCAUUGAUAUGUUUGAAGAUUAUAUUUAUGGGGUGACACAUACCAAUAGUCGUGUUUUUAAAGUGCACAAAUUUGGAAGAGCACACCUUCAAUAUUUGAUAUCAGGUCUCACUGGUGCUUCAGCCACAGUAGUAUUCCAUCAGUACAAACAACAAGACUUACCAAAUCCUUGCAGCAAAAAGAAAUGUGAGUGGCUUUGUCUGCUGAAUCCUACUGGUGUGACAUGCUUAUGUCCAGAUGGAAAAAAUAUGAUAAAUGGGACAUGUGUUGAAAUAGAUUCCCCCACUGCACUCCCUUAUGGAAGUACCUGCGACCUAGUGUGUUUGAAUGGUGGAACGUGCUUUGUGAAUGAGCGUGAUCAGCCAAAGUGCAAAUGCAAGCCUCAGUACUCAGGACAGGAAUGCGAAACUGACCAGUGCAGAGAUUAUUGUCAAAAUGGAGGAAUCUGUUCAGCAUCAACAUUAGGAAAACCAGCUUGCCGAUGUCCAGUAGGAUUUACUGGUCCAACCUGUAAACAAAGAGUUUGUGACAGUUUCUGUCUCAAUGAAGGGAUUUGUGACGUCAACUCGGGAAAUCAACCUUUUUGUUACUGCCCAUCAGAUUUUACAGGAGACAGGUGUCAAUACAACAUGUGCUAUAACUACUGCAUGAAUUUAGGAACGUGCAGGAUAAACAAUGAUGGUAGUGCUCGCUGUAUCUGCUCACCACAAUUUGAUGGGCCUAAGUGUGAAGUGGAUAAAUGUGAAGUGUGUCAAGGUGGACAGUGUGUUGUGCACAAAGAGACUGGACAAGUAGCUUGCAAAUGCACAGUGGGGUUUAAAAGUGAUCGAUGUGACCAGAAAAUUAACCUUUGUGAUUACUACUGCCAAAAUGGAGGGGUUUGCACUUUAACUGCACAUAAUGAGCCUCAGUGCAAGUGUUCAGAUGAAUGGUCUGGUACACAAUGUGAAAGACCAGCUCCCAAGAGCAGUAAAACUGAGAAUACCAGAGGGAGAAACAUCACUUUUAUUAUUCCAGUUGUUAUCUUGGCCCUUUUGAUUCUUGCAAUCAUUGUUGGAAUAAUCAUUUGCAAAAGAAAACAACGUGUGAAAACAGUCCGAAGGCAUCCACUGUCAAAUGGAGGCGUGGAAAUUGGAAAUCCAACAUACAACAUGUAUGAAGUUGACCGUAGUCAUGAAAAUGCUGAAGGCUUGUUGGAUCCAGAUUUUAUGUUAGAUCCAGAAAAGCCAACAAAUUACUCAAAUCCUGUUUAUGCAAAACUCUACUUGGACGCAUCAAACUGCCGAAAUUCCUUAGUCAGCACAGAGGAAAAGAAAGAGCUGCUUCCAAAGAAAUUAGAAGAUGGCCUGAGAGAGACAGUUGCUUAGAUUACCCUUUGGUCUUGUAUCUUUUUUAACCACUGUAUAAAUGUAUAAAGAAAGGAUUAAUUUUUCUAUGUAAUGACAGUGUUCUGAUUAUAUUUUUUUGCAUCAGCACUACCUGUGUUUUUGCGCUGAGGAUUCUUGACUGACCUUCUGUCCACAUUUCUGUUUAAUGGACUGGGAAAGCCACCUGCACUAAACCACGUAAAACAAAGCUGCUGAUUGCACCUCCCAUUGUAUUCGUUCCUGUACUUGGAAGAAACACACAAGCCAUUUUAAUUUUUUGGUUUUAUACCAGUUCUGUGUUUUUCAUUGGUAGAAGUAAGACACAUUUGACCAUCUCUGCUGCAGGAUUUUCAGAUGAAUAGAUCCAUUGAGUUCUUUUUAAUAAUUAUAAAUAGGCACCUUUUAAGUCACUGUUGGUUUUCACAUGCUCCUUGGGAUAAAUCUCCUCAUUUUAAGCAGUGUUAGAAAUUAUUUCUUCAAAAGUGUACAGGGAUGACGGGCAAAUUGAAGGCUAAAUCAAACUCGUCCAAAUUCCAAGAUCUGAAUGAACUGCUGGCUUCGUUCUUAUUUAGCUUUUCAUUGUCUUUAUGUCAAUAUAAUAGUCUCUAAAGUCUAUGUUUGGUGAGUUGCAAUUUUCUUUUCUUUUCUUUUGUGUGAGCAAGAAGGAGAUUUUGAUAUAUUUCUACCACAACUGGCUUGGUUUGAGAUAUUUACAUUUUGCAUAUUCAUAUCAAGCAUCUAGUUAUCUUGCCUGGUCGAGCUUUUAGUAUGUGAAAUAUGUUGUAUAUUGGGCAAAAAGGCAUAAUGGUACAAAAUUGCUGCAGGUACUCAUCAGGUGGUCCCACUGUUACUUAAAUUUGUUGCUGCCCAUAGAAUGUUGACAGUAAAUUGUUUUGGAAAUGUGAAUUGGAAAGAGUGUGAAGCUGCUUGCAGGCACUAGGAUCUGAGUGAAGAAGGCAAGUGGUUGUAUCUCCUUUACAAAUAUUAAUGUAUUGUAAAAUUAAUAGCAAAAGGGCUGAGGAUGGCAUUUGCCUUAUUAUAUAUCCUAGCUUGCGAGCAGUUAAUGCAGCAUUGAGCGUUUCAGUGCAGUAACUCAGCCUCUGAAAUUCACUGCAUUGAAGUCAGCAGAGAGCAAUUAACACGUCACACUGUUGAAACUGUAUUUACAAUUGAAAUUACGAGAUUUAGUUUUCGCUGCUCAGUUUCAGUGGUACCCCUACAGGACCAUCAAACAAUUGCAAAGCCAAGCUGAGAAAUAGUCAUUUCAGAAAACUAUCUUGAGUGUGGCAUAUGCCCAGGGAUAACUUUUGUACGUGUUGCUAAUUAUCAUCCCUUGCCUGAGUUUGCUAUGAUAUUUGCACAUAAGUAUCAGUUUUACUAACAGUAAUAGUUUUAAGCUCAUGCAUUUUACAGCACCACAUUUUUAUUUUGUUCUAUCAUGCAUAUUACUAUUCAUCAAUGGCAAUUGAAAUAUUCUAUGAACAGACUGAGAAAGCUUCAGCUAUGCACUAACUUUAUGUAGAUUUCUUUACUCUUUAAAAAAAAUAAAAAUAGGGCAUCCAGCAGGACUUGGGAUGAUGAAAUUAUUCAAAUUAAUGAAUAUGUGUGUGAUUUGUCUGCCCAACUAAUGUUGGAAAGUAAAAUGUUGAUACAGUGCAUUCAGAAAGUAUUCAGACCCUUUCACCUUUUCCACAUUUUGU